UUUCGAAAUACUGGCGGAAGUGCUCGGGGUUAAGAGUUCAGUUAUUUUUAUCGGCUCUCCGUGGAGAAUCCUUCAAUCUUUGCAACAGCUACAAUCAUAGAUCAAGAUCUGUAUGUCAUCAGGAGAAUGAUUAGUGAAACUUAUUCAAUGCCUUCAUAUCUAAAGUGAAACAACCAUGAUAGAUGUGUAUCACUACCUGGAGCUAAGAUCCCAGGGCCUGAUAAAUGGGGACAGAUACAGACAGUGCUUUAAGGUGGUCAAAGACUUGUUGGAAGAUGUCUCUGCUAAACCUGUCCGCAAUUUGCCUUGUGAAUUUUCCGGGGAACCCAGGGCAACAUUUCUUGUGGAUUUUAGCCCCAAUAUGCUUAGAGUGGCUUCAACUCAUGGGGACCAUACAGUUAGAGUAACAGACAUACGGACAGGAAAGUGUUCGCACAUUCUAACAGGUCAUCCUCGGACACCAUGGUGCCUUGCUUUUAAUCCAACUUCCAACGACAUUCUUGCAUCUGGCUGUUUAGGGGGAGAAGUUCGCAUUUGGGAUUUACUGGGAGGAGGCAGUGAAGUCCUUCGUAAUCCAUGUGCAGGUCAGGUCAUCACAUCCUUGGCAUUCCAUCCCUCUGGAGAGGUGCUAGUUUUUGCUGCCAUGAACACCAUUUAUUUCUGGGACUGGAGCAAGAACGCCCCAUUCACCUGUACACAAACUGCACAUGAGUAUGAAAGAAUAAGGUGGUUGCGAUUUGAUCCGUUUGGUCAGUACUUGUACACGGGCAUUGCAAACAAUACUACUGUACAUAGAGAAAGAGAUCUCAGCACAUCUCAGGGUGAUGAUCCUUUAGAUCUGGCUAGGGAAACAUCUGGGGUCAGUUCAGAUGAGCGCAACUCCCAGCAAAUGAACCGAAUGAGAUAUCAGAGUCUUUUGCAAAGAUUUAUGGCUUACCAGCAUGACAGACAUAGUCGAGUGUAUGUCCAAAACAGAGCUCCUAGGUCUCCUGUGCAUGAGGAGGGCUUAGAGUCAGCUAGAGAGUAUGCCCGAUAUAUGACAAAUUUAGAGAGAAAUCUUCAAUUAAGAUCUCAGGAUAAUUAUGAUGAUGACAGCUCUUCAAGUUACAUUUCUUUGAACCCUUCACAGCCAUCAACAUCAAGAUCUAGCCCAACAGCUCCAGAUAGUUCACUCAGUGAGCAAUCUAGACCUUUAAACUUGAGUACUGUGCCAGCUAGACAGGAUGAUGCUCAGUCUUCCAGGAGGUGGGGGCGGUAUGAGCCCUUAUUUUUCUCACGUUGUCCAGGGGUGAAUGAGGGCUCUGGAGAGAAUAGCAAUAAUAACAAUCUGAACUUUGGAACUGCAGCUCAAAGCACUUACAGGCCAGAUGAUGUUCCUGUUCGCUCAUCCACAACCAGUGAUAGACCAUUCACUGUUACCUCCUGGCAAACACCCGAAGAGCCUUCUCUAUACAACAGAUCUUCCGAGACACCUGGUUCCUCUGCUGCUUCAUCUUCUUUUCAUCAUGUAUCAUCUCAGGUCAGAAACGAAAAUGCAGCAAGUGAAAGUCUAGAUGCUAAUGAGUUUGAAAUUCUUCCAGUCGAUCAGGAACGGGAGAGCUUGAGAAGAGUCUCAAACAAUGGUUCCUCUUCAUCUGGGACCCUAGCCAAUGCUGACGCCAGCUGGGAAGACCUGCGUUCUCUUCUGAACAGACUAGGUCAUAGAUCCACGGAUGCUCCGUCUGAAUCCAGUGGGGCAGCUGCUGUGACAGGCGUGGCUCCCCCGUGCCUAGUGGCAUCAUCUUCAAGUGCAGCAUCGACAGCAGAAGGAAAUGAGACUCAAGCUAGGUUAGCAUCCCUAAGAGUGCCACCUGCGCCUGCAUCAUCUGCAAGGUGUUUGCCUGUCCAGUCACACCUUGACAGAUACACAGGUAGCACCGACUCUUCACUUCCUGGCCUAAGUUCAGAGGUCUAUUCAGCUAAUAGGACUCACAUUGAACCUGAACCGCCUUAUACUUUGCCGUCGAGGUUUCCAUCUCACUCCUCUCGGUUCACACGUCCAGCAGAACAGAAUUCUAUUCUUGGCCGCAUGGAAAGGCCUCCGCCUGUUCGACCUGACAUUCCACCUGCUCCUUUCCGCUUCAACAGUAGCAGUGGACACUCAUGGCGACGGCAAAUGAUAAAUCGGCAUCACUCUCUUGAGCUGAAUGAGGGCUCAGAUUAUAGUCAUCAUUCCUCUCUGCUUGACAGGUCUUUGCCACGUCAUGUAAUAGAUCAGACUAGCCAAACCUUGGGUGCUAUGAAUCUUCCUGCCAGUUCUGACCAAUGCACUGAUGUUGCUGGUCUAGGAGAGCAGCCAUUAGCUAUGGAAAACUUGGCUAGCUUGCAAUCUAGAAGAAACAAUGAGGGUGAUCAUGACUACUCCUAUUCCUCCAGGCAGGAUAGGAGCAUACCAAACAUUAGACAUGUCGUAGAAGAUGAGCAGAGUGGUGCUGAUCACACCUACGUCAGGCAAAGAACAGGCGUGAGAAGUAUUGACUUAAGAAAUGAGGAUGAUGAAGCUCUGCCAGAUAGUACCUUCCAAUCUCAUAGUUUCUUUGGCGGUUACAGAGAAGGCCUUAAUAACAAUCUUAGUUCUGAGAAUCUAUAUUCUCAAUCUACUUCCAUGCUAUCAAAUGAUCUUGAGGUGCCCACAGACUGUAGUGAAGGAAGGGAUGAAACAGACAGCUCCAUACCAGGUGAUGGUGGAGAUUGUACACCUUCCUUAUGGCCAGUUAACUCACCAUUGACUUUGACUCGAGAACUGGACUCACUUGAUGUAUUGAAUGGAAAUAGUCAGUUAACUACCUCAAACUCAGAAAAUUCCUUGUUACAUACAGGCUCUAACUUCCUCGGUGACCAUUGUGAGCCCCUUGUUAGAAACACUUGUAGGACUGAUGACAAUAGAGCUGGUAGUAGCUGUAGAAAAGUAAGUUCUUGUGGCCAUUCAGAAGGUUUAGUGUUAGAACAUGUAGCUAGUAGAGACAAUGUUAGAUCUAGUACAUCUAAUGGGACUUCAAAUGCAACAUCAAAUGGCAUCGUUUUGCUAGGACUUGAGCUAUACAACCCAGAAAGACCAACUUCUGUGGACAGUCUGUCUAGUUUUGAUUGUAGUACUUCAAAGCCCGACUCUAGUGAGGCAGCAAGAUCAAAGAAUUCCACUACCUCAUCCUCUUUUAAUGCUAUAUUGACUCAGGAUGGCAAGUCCUCCAAAACUACUGCAUCUUCAUCGUUCCAGCUUCAUCCUUACACAGACCAGCCAACAGGACAUGAAAAUGGCACAAGAUCUUAUCUGGACAGACCCUCCUCUUCCAGGGUCGAGUCCAGAACCAACAGGCUGCGUAGACGACUAUCAAUAAUGAGAGGUUAUCAUCCAUGGCCCCCAAUAGGUAUUGUAAGUCAUGUUCCCGUCAGUUGUCGCUCCUUUGAGACAGGUACUACCUCAAAUACUGUUCCUAUGCAUAGUGCCGGUUCACUUCCAUCAGGAACUGGCAUCGGGCCCAAUGGGGAUGCUGGUCAGAGAAGUGCCUUUUCUGUCUUCAGUGCUUCACCACGAGAUACUCUUAGAACUUCAGCAGAGCCAAGGGCUUCUUCCUUUCACAAUCCAGCAUCUGCCAACCCUUCGGCCCCGACAGUUUAUGGAAUACAUUACCAGCCGUCUAGUCAGCAGCCCGACUCAUCAAUUCCAAGUCGCAUAGACAAUGUCAGAGAUGUUCAGGAGAGACUUCAACAGGCAGUGUUGCAGUUGAGAGAGGUUCAGAGCAGUGUCCGGGAGCUUAGUCUAGGCUCACAUCAUUGUCUUCAUCUACCAAGCUCCAAUGUCACUGAAUACCUGGAAAGGCGGGUGAGUGAACUGGACAGAAGAAUAUCUGAUCUCGAGAAUAAUUACAACUCACGAAUCCGUGUACUGGGACAUGAAUUUUUAAUGAGGAGGAUUCAGAGUCGAGACAGACGUAGACAAGCCAAUGAGAACCCUUACCCCAGAGCACGUUCUUUCACUUCAGUUUUAAGGGAAGCUCAAGAAAUUAGACUCAGAGCCAGACGAAUGGUUGCAGAUGCACAUGGCGUUGGUGUAACAGACGAUGAUCGAAUCACUCCAAGAGGAGAUGCUCCAUCAGCUCCUACACCAGCCCCUACACCAGCUGCUCCAUUCAGGCCCCAACAACUGCUGCAGUGUUUGUCCAGACCCAGUUCUUCUGCUGCACCUAAUGCUCUUCCGGCUAGGAAUCCAACUGUAGCCAACUCCAGGCCAGCACCUGCACAGCCACCCAGAGAAGCAGAGAGGGAGGGUAACUCUAGUGGCUUGAACAGGCACAAUCCUAACCUGCAGCAUCUGCACCCUGACUAUUCCAUCAGCAUUCUGGAUAACAGCAUUAACCGUCCUGACGAAUCUGUGCAACGCUUGUUUAACCGAACCAUUGCUGGAGCAUUUCUUUCCCGCGAUGAGAUUGCAGUGGCUAGCAACAUCGUCCCUCAAACUCACCGGAUCCAAAGAUGGGAUGUCUCUAAGUGUGUGGUUCCUAACAUUACAAAUGCAACAGCCAAUAUAAUAGUGAAACACUGUAAGCUCCACAAUGAUGCUAGCUGUGACAUGUCUAAAGAUGGAACUCUCUUGGUGACCUUUGUCUCUAACCACAGUGGCUUUCCUGACAACAAUAUACUGGCCGUGUUCUCCCUGCGUCAUGAGACACUGGCCCAGUGCCUGUACACGAAAAGUUUUGGUCCUAAUGCCAUAUCUGUGAGUAUCUCACCCAUCAAUCGUUAUGUUCUGGUUGGACUGGCUGCCAAGAGGUUCUUCUUUAGUUCUGUCAACCAGAUGGUGGCCCAGGUGUACAAGUUAGAGAGACAAAAAGCUGGGGAGAAUUCAAUGAAGCAUAUCACUGACAUGUUUCACCCUCUUCAACAAGAACUCAGAAACCAUGUCAGUGUCAACUCAGCCAGGUGGCUACCUGGGAUUGGGGAAGGCAUGGUGUAUGGCACCAACCGUGGAGAUUUGUUUUUCUGUCGCCCAGGUUUUCCUGUUGACUUUCUAGCCCAAGGAAGGUCCCUGAACCAGAAUCUCCCAAAUAUAGAGGAGCACUAUUUGGACUAGCAAACAGGUUUCAUGGCAACCACUUGGCGCACAACAGCAUCGCCACCCAAACGACUACAGUCAGCAUCCGUCGCAGUACUGGUACACAGACCCUUGGUGAUUCUUAUGCAGAGAACAUUGAAUAGAUUUUUCUUGUCAACUUAGAAGUACUAGAUCCAUUUCAAGGGUGUUGCAAGUUCUCAUUUAUCCAGCAGCACCUGUUCUCGCAAUACUCUUGAUUUUUCUUCAUCUAUAUAUUUGUAUCUUUAUCUUUUUUUUAACCUUUUUUUAAAUCUUUUUUUAAGUGGUUUCCCAACCUUUUUGAGUCCUGAUGACUUAUAGAUCUGGGGUUCUGAUUACUUUGAAUUGUUAAAGCUGUUCUUAGUGGCUCUGAAAAUUUUUUUUUUUUUUUUUAAUUAUAAUUUUGGUUCAUGUUUUAACUUACUUUCUGAAAUGGAGAGCCAUGACUCUUAAAGGUUGGGAACCAUUGCUUUAUGUUGUGUGUGUGUGUAACUUCAUAUCUAUUUUUUUUAUUUUAUUCAAACUUAAGUGUUAAAUGUAUGGGAAUCUUUUAAAUUUUUUUUUUUUUUUUUUACAUUUUUAUUUCAUUUUAGCCCUGGAAAUUUUUUUAAAAACUUUGUAUUUGACGUCAGACAAAUUUAGAAAUAUAAUUUCACCUAAUGAACUUAAGCCCUCAUUAAAUCUCAUUUAUCCUUUAACAAGUUUAUAGGGCUAGUGAAAGAGAAUCCUUUAGGCCAGUUUAUGAAAUUUUUAGGACAUGUGAAUGAGAAUUUAGGCAGUUUAACAAAUGUUUAUAGGGCUUGUGAAGAAUUAGACAAUUUUAGCAAAUGUUUAUAAGUCAAGUGAAGGAAAAUUAUUUAGGCCAGUAACAGUUUAUAGGGCUAGAGAAACAGAAUUAAUUAGGCCAGUAACAGUUUAUAGGGCUAGUGAAACAGAAUUAUUUAGGCCAGUUUAACCAUCAGUCUAUUUUUACUUUCUCUUCAGUUGCUGAUAGCUUUAACUUUUUGUCUCUGGAAUUAUUUUCCACAUUAUGUGACCCAUUUUUAGUGCACUACUAUGGUGUAUGUAACAUUAAUAUAAAAAAACAAACAAACAACAUUUGAUAUACAUUUAAUGGACUAGCAUGCACUUUGGAUGCAGUGCUUAAUGUUUUGGCUUAAGAAAAACUCACUUAGUGAAUGUUUAUUUGAUGUUGCUUAGAAAAUUAUUAUAAUUAAAUUGAAAAUAAAACUAGAAAUUAAGAUAAGAUUAAGCCAAAUUUGAGAGUAUCUUACUUUUUUUGGGGGGAUCAAUAUUUUUUUUAAAACAUCAAUAGUAAAUUUUAAUGAAAGACAUCUUUUUAUAUUUACUUUGUUAUUGCUCAAACACAACUUUAGGAAGACUAGAUGUUUUGCAGUGGAAAUACUAGAUUUAAUUUAGUACAAUAAAAGAUAUACUAAAAAGAGAUUUAAGUGCAGUGCAUCUGUCCGUAUUCCAGAGAUAAGAGUUGAAGCUAAAUGGACUUGGAAAUGGCUAAUUCUGAUUAAAACUAUCAGUGUUCCCUGAAUUUUCAGUUGGAUAUUUUGAUCCCGUACAGAUAACACUUUUAAGUUUUGAUAUGAUUUAUGAGACAUUUAAGUCAAAGAUUUAAAACAAAUAUUUUUAACUUGUGUCCAUGGUUAUUUUUGUGUUUUUUUAAAUCCUGAAUUGUAGGGCCUAUUUUCUGUUGUGUAUUAUUUUAGAACAUAAUCAAAUGAGUGUCGUACAAUAAAUUUCUUAUUGAUAAUGUGACAUUUUGAAAAUAUUAAGUUUCAAUGGAUACAUUUGACAAACAUUAGUUUUGUUGUCUUGUACUACCAGGCAAUAUUCAUACAUUAGUGUGUGUGUGUGUGUGUAUACUUACAUGCAUUCUAGUCAUUUAUGAUUAUGUGCAUUUGUGUGGUGUACUAUUAUGUGUAUUUGUAUGAUACAUGAUUACAUGUAUUUUUGUUGUGUACAAAUUAUCAUCAUGUGUGUACAUAUUGUAUAUGUAUUUUAGAAGUGUACCAUUAUGUGUAUUUGUAUGAUUACAUGUAGUUUUGUAGUGUACCAUUAUGUGUAUUUGUAUGAUUACAUGUAGUUUUGUAGUGUACCAUUAUGUGUAUUUGUAUGACUACAUGUUUAGGACUACAAGCAUUAUGCUUUCAUGUCUGCACUUGCCUUGUUAAUCAUGUUCUCCCACUAUCAGAACUAUGUUUAUUAAACAGUUUUAAAGUAUUAAGCCAACUGAAAGAGGCAAAUAAAAAUUAUGUAUGAAUAUAUUUCUUUGUUCUGAAUGUCUGUGAAGCCAUAUAGUUUUUUUUUUUUGUGGUGAUGUUAAAGAAAUAUAUUUAUUUAUAUUUGGAAAUAUUUUCCUCCAUAUUGAAUAUCCUGUGAUACUAUUUUUUCUUUGUGUUAAAAGUUAUCUUUUACAUGUGUUUGAUUUGACUUUUUUGUUCCUUAAAAGAGUGAAUUUUAUUUGUUCAUAGCAAUAUUUAGAAAGUAUUAUUUUCAGUAAUCAAAAUAACUAUUUUUAUUGGAAAUGUUAAAUGUUUGAAUAAAGUUGAAACUGAAGGAGUGAGGGAAAUAGUUUGUGAUUGCUUUCAUGUUGCUCUGGAGGAGAUGAAUUCAUCUACUCCUUUUAUAAAGUGUUUUUAAGGUUGCUAUUGUACAUAGUUGAAUGAUGGUGGGAGAUUUAUUUAAUAUGAAUAAAAGUGGUCAGAUCUAGUACAUAAUAGUUUGUUCUUUUUUAAUCCAGUUUUGACCUUAUUUAUUACUGCAAUAAUCAAUUCUUUGUUGAAUAGUUCUUAGCCAUACUGGGCACAGAUGUGUCAGUCCAUGUACUCAGUGUUUUAGUUAAUGUAAAGUCCGGCAGGCAUGAAUGGCAAUGUUAUUCUCAUUUCAAUCCUAUUGUACCAAGAUUUACAUUGAAUCUACAUAUCCUUCAUGUAUAUUUAUUAACCCAAAUACAACGCAACUUGGGGGCCCUCUUUGUACAAAUGUAUAUAGUAGAAUUGAAUCUCUUGAAUUUGAUGUGACUUAGAGCUUUAGUUUCAUUUGGUCAUUUCUAUUAAAGAAAAUUGCAAUUACAACUGA